AUGCUUGGGAACACACCAUAAGAGUGGACAUACACUUACCUUCCUUAAUUAUUAAUUUCAGUAAUGACUUCUUUAAUUAUUUCUUUAGGGUUUGGGUUUGGGUUUGGGUUUGGGUUUGGGUUUGGGUUUGGGUUUGGGUUUGGGUUUGGGUUUGGGUUUGGGUUUGGGUUUGGGUUUGGGA